CACCUUCUCACCAUCCUCACAGAAUUCAAGAGUGUCGGUCAGUCAGACAGAGAGGCAGGGCAGACUGCUGAAAGGGGGAGUGGACACAUAUAGAGCAGAGGGGAAAAGAGGAGAAGAGAGAAAGAGGGCUAUCCACUCAUCUCCGACAGUAGGGAUAUUGAUGCACAUACUUGAGUGAAGAGGAAAAUAAAACGACAUGAGUUUAGGAGCAGCAUGUGUCUUCCUGAGGGGAGGGAAGCAUAUUGACAGAGAGCUGGCCGAUGACGAAAUUGAAGAGCUGCGCGAGGCGUUUGCUGAGUUCGACAAGGACAAGGAUGGGCUGAUCAGCUGCAAGGACCUGGGCAACCUGAUGAGGACAAUGGGCUACAUGCCCACUGAGAUGGAGCUGAUCGAGCUGAGCCAGAACAUCAACAUGAACCUUGGUGGGAGAGUAGACUUUGAGGACUUUGUUGAGCUGAUGGCCCCAAAGCUGCUGGCUGAGACUGCUGGGAUGAUCGGCGUGAAAGAACUGAAGGACGCUUUCAAAGAGUUUGACGCGGACGGAGACGGAGAGAUCACAACAGAGGAGUUACGAAACGCCAUGACCAAGCUGAUGGGGGAGCACAUGUCUCGAAGAGAGAUUGACUCUGUGGUACGAGAGGCUGACAACAACGGUGACGGGACAGUAGACUUUGAAGAGUUUGUUAGAAUGAUGUCACGCCAGUGAGGAGGACUUCUUGGAAAAAUGAUUAUUUCUCACACACACACGUUUGUAUUACUAUCCUUGUGGGGAUCAAACAAUUGAUUCCCAUUAAAAUCCUAUUUUCCCUAACCCCUAACCCUAAACCUAAAAUAGCCUUUUUCCUUGUUGGGACCGGCAAAAUGUUCCCAAAACCAAACACACACACACACACACACACACACACACACACACACACACACACACACACACACACACACACACACACACACACACACACACACACACACACACACACACACACACACACACACACACACACACACGUAACGGAUGUGAAACGGCUAGCUUAGUUAGCGGUGCGUGCUAAAUAGCGUUUCAAUCGGUUACGUCACUUGCUCUGAGACCUUGAAGUAGUAGUUCCCCUUGCUCUGCAAGGGCCGCGGCUUUUGUGGAGCGAUGGGUAACGAUGCUUCGUGGGUUGUCGAUGUGUGCAGAAGGUCCCUGGUUCGCGCCCGGGUAUGGGCGAGGGGACGGACGUAAAGUUAUUCUGUUACACACACACACACACACUGGGCUGCAAUUGAUACACAGCCACACAUUAAUAUGCAAUCUUCAGGAUGUAUUUAUGCAAUUUGAAAAAUUAUAUUAAUACAAUUAUUUUAUUAACACACACAAUACAAUAACAAUAUAUAAUACAACAAUUAAUAACAUGACCACAAAUUAUACAUGCUUUUUUCAAGCACAUACAUUGUUUUAUGUAAUUUGUAUAUAUAUGGGAAAUUAUGCAAUUCUAUUUGUCUUGCUUGUUUUUUGUUUAGUUUUUGAAGGUAUUCUACAAUAAAUUAUUCAGAAAAAAAUACUUAUGUUAUGUUUACCCUAUGUCAAAGGAGCAUUAACAUACCAUUCUGAAUCCAAUUUCGGUUGAACAAUCACCCGUUAUCAAUGUCCAUGUAUAUGAUAUUUGGCAGACAUGAUCAAAUAUAUGUAUCUUUACACUAAUGGGGCGUCGGAUGUGGGAAACUUCCCAAUAAGGAGGUCACAAGUCCAAGUGCUUUUUUACAUUUUUAUUUAUUUUACCUUUAUUUAGCUUAACUAGGAAAGUCAGUUAAGAACAAAUUCUUAUUUUCAAUGAUGGCCCAGGAACAGUGGGUUAACUGCCUGUUCAGGGGCAGCACAACAGAUUUGUACCUUGUCAGAUUUGAACUUGCAACCUUCCGGUUACUAGUCCAAUGCUCUAACCACUAGGCCACCCUGCUGCCUUUUAAGACAGAACAAUUGUUCAACCAAUACGAUUUUAGCUAGCUAGACAAUAAAGUUAUCCAGCUUGCUUAUCAUUGACAAUAUGGUCAAACUAGCUACAUUAUUCACAUUUACAUAUUUGUAAUUGUCAAAAACUAAUUUGUGGUAAUCUUUUAGUUGAUAAAGUGAAAAGCCAGUGGUGAAACGUCACAACUUGGUUAAUUAACCAUUUCUCUGAGUUUCCCACUUGUAAUUACGAUCAGGAGGGUCAUUCAAGUGAAAUUUCCCAGUCGGAACUACGGACUUCAGAUAACUCUAAUAGCAUGUGAACACCCCAUAAAUCCAGACCCCUUAUAGAGACGGUUAGAGGCAACUCAGUGUGAAAUAAGAGUGACACCAUCAAUUUAUGAAUGGAGUCAGACAGGAUUAACCCCUGUAAAUAAACAACAUGUCCACUAAUCUGCAUUUCUUUGAAAAUCAUCAGAAUCUCUGUAAUCUGUGUAAUGGAAGUUUGGUAGAGAACAGAUGGUGGAGAAAGAAAGAUGGAGUGCUGAAAGCUGGGGAGUGGAGUUACUUAACAUAGCUGUCUGAAAGUGGCUUCAUGAGAUAAGGGGAAAAAGUUCAUGUAAAAGAGUGGAGAAAGGGGGAGAAAGGCAGAUACGAAGGAAGGAAGAUAUGAAAUAAUUACACAUACAUAGCUAUUCAAUGCUAUACUUAUACACAUAGUUAAUCAGUCUAAAUAAAAAUGCUUGUAACUGGUAUUGACAGAUCAUCAAUAGGUCUUCAUAUUCCAACAAUCACACUAAGAAUUAAUUUAUCCAACUACUAUUGACCCAACAUUACCAUCAUCGCGAUUAUAUUAUUUGAGUGCUGAUCCUUACGUUGAUUUACAUAAUCGUAGAGCAAAGACUUCAAAGAAACUAUACAUUUUGGUAUAAAAAAUAUUUUUAUGAUGAGUAAGAUAUGACGAUGAGUUUGCAUAACGGAACACGUGAGUACUAUGGGUGUUUGGCUUGGGCAAUGAAAAAGAUAAGUCAUUGUGAUUACAGAGCUCCUCUCAUGCUAUAGUCACAAAAUGAUGACAUCGUGAGUCAAUUGGUCAAAACAUCGGAUUUGGAGCUAUUAAAAGCCGAAACACGGAACGUUUUCUUGAGCCAAAAAAAUCUGGCAGAGGAAAAAGUGCACUCUGAGUCCCUCCUUAAAUUAAGAAGCUCUAACUUUGAUUAAAUUCUCACCCCCUCUUUUUUUGGGGGGGGGAUUUGUAUGUUAAUCUGACCAGUAGCGUUCCAGUGUAGUGGAAGUGGGUUACAUAAUUUUCUACUUGGUCUUUGCACAUUUGUUCGACUCAUUAGACUCGGAAGCCAAAUAUUUUUGAACAAGAAACAUAGUGCAGUACACUGACAGUGCUGACGUGGACAUUGUGUGAGACUCCGAUAUGGCACACUAUUCCCUACGUAUGCACUACUUUUGACCAGUUGUGCACACUACAUUGGGAAUAGGGUGCUGUUUUGGAUGCCAUCUUUUCUACAGAGGCCAUGUAGUGUAAGAUGCGUGACAGACUGGGCAGGUUAUCAGACCGGGUUGACAGCUGGGGCACGAUGGCUUAGAGCACCAAUUAACAAAAGUGAUGUGACACCCUCGCAGAACACCGUUUCCAGAUCUAAUAAUUUAUUUGCAAUUCUGUCAAACAGGCAAUCUAGAAAAUAAAUACAGCUGUGUCGAAAGUGCAUGCACCAUAGGCCUCGUACUACAGUGUCAAAUUGUGGAUUCAUACUGAGGUAGAAAAUAAUACACUUCUGUGAUUUUAGUGAGCUUUGAAAAGGGAUGCACUCCUACAGCUGCGUCAGAAUGUUGUUGCGCAGAUUUUUGUCACAGUGUUGGGAUGGAUCCCUAGGAGUCCCUUGCAGGUGCACUAUAACAUAUUAUAACAUGCUAUUAAAUAAGUUAUUCCACUAUACUUACUUAAUUGUAAAGUUUCAUGAUAUCAACAUUUGCAUGAGAAAGAGCGAGAGACAGAGAGAGAAAUUUACAUUUCAACUGGCAUUUUUUGGCGCAUUGUAAAGUCAAAAAGUUGAUUUUCCCGUGUUUGAUAUAUAUUUUUCUACAAUAUGAGGUUGGAAUAAUAAAGGGAAAUUGUGAAAAUUAUAAUAACGCCCUUUGAAAGAGCUGUUUGAAAAGACCGCCUGAAAUUUCAGCCUGUUUUGGUGGGAUGGAGUUUUGGCCUGUCUGGUGAUACACAUUGGCCCUUUAAGAAUGAAAUAUCAAGCAAUUACACAGCCAGAUGACAAAGUCCAUAAUCCAAGUCCCUGAUAUAAAAAAAACAACACAAUCAUAAUACUGAACAAAAUGUGGGAUUAAUCAUUUAGGGGGGAGGGGGGAGAUAAAAAAAAAAUGCUGAAAUGCUGAUGGCGUGAGCCCUCUAACAUCCAGGGCAGGCUUCACUUUCAUUAAUCCAAAUUAAUCUUUCUUUCUCUUGCUCGCACUCUCUCUCUCGUCCCAAAUGGCACCGUAUUCCUUAUAUAGUGCAUUUCUAUAAUGCACUACCAUUGGGGGAUAGAUUUUCUUUCUGCUCCCUGUCAAUUCCAACAUGCCUGGAUGCAACCCUGGCUACAGUAGUUUAUAGUGAGUCCAUCCAUGACAGUAUUAACCCUUACGCUCUUAGGGUCUAAUCUCCUGUAUCCCUGAAGCCUCUAUCUCUUUCCCUCUCUCCCUUUCCGUGUGUCCGGAUUGAAUUCCCUUUAAAUGAUUCCAUUUCCUGUUAAUACUUCUGAGAACGGAUCAUCUGAGUUUUUAUUUUAUUUUUUACAUAUGACCAUCCGUUCAGGGGUGUGAAUACUUACACUACUGUUCAAAAGUUUGGGGUCACUUAGAAAUUUCCUUGUUUUCCAUGAAAAUAUACAUGAAAUUAGUUGCAAAAUGAAUAGGAAAUAUAGUCAAGACGUACGUUGACAAAGUUAUAUAUAAUGAUUUUUAAUUGAAAUAAUAAUUGUGUCCUUCAAACUUUCGUCAAAUAAUCCUCAAUUUGCAGCAAUUAUAGCCUUGCAGACCUUUGGCAUUCUAGCUGUCAAUUUGUUUAGGUAAUCUGAAGAGAUUUCAUCCCAUGCUUCCUGAAGCACCGCCCACGAAUUGAAUUGCUUGAUGGGCACAUUUUACGUACCAUUACAUACGGUCAAGCUGUUCCCACAACAGCUCAAUAGGGUUGACGUCCAGUGACUGGCCAGUCUGCUGUCCAGUGUCUGUGUUCUUUUGCCCAUCUUAAUAUUUUAUUUUUAUUGACCAGUCUGAGAUAUAGCUUUUUCUUUGCAACUCUGCCUUGAAGGCCAGCAUCCCUGUUGACGUUGAGACUGGUAUUUUGCGGGUACUUUUUAAUGAAGCUGCCAGUUGAGGACUUGUGAGGCGUCUGUUUCUCAAACUAGACAUGGUUUCUGAUAAUGGGCCUCUGUACGCCUAUGUAGAUAUUCCAUUAACAAUCUGCCGUUUCCAUCUACAAUACAACAUUAACAAUGUCUACAUUGUAUUUCUGAUCAAUUUGAUAAUAUUUUAAUGGGCAAUUUUUUUUACAAUUUCUUUCAAAAACAAGGACAUUUCUAGGUGACCCCUAACAUUUGAACGUUAGUGCAUGUAAAUGAGAUAUUUCUGUAUUUCAUUUUCAAUACAUUUGUAAAAAAAAAAAUGGAGAAAAAAACAAGUUUUCACUAUGGGGUAUUGUGUGUAGAUGGGUGAGAGAGAUGUAUUUAAUCCAUUUUGAAUUCAAGCUGUAACACAACUAAAUGUGGAAUAAAUCAAGGGGUAUGAAUACUUUAUGAAGGCACUGUAUACACACUAUAUACAGUACACACUCAAACACACACUACACUGACACUUUCACACAAAACCCACACACAUCCACAUACACUGCAUGUGCACACACACACACAUAACACACACAUGUAUACCAACAACACACAUACACACAGACACACACAUACGCAUACCGAAACAACACAAACACACAUACACACGCACACUUUUACACUUAUUAUAUGCUGCUGCUACUCUAUUCUUCAUUUUACUUGUAUUACUAUCUAUCCUGAGUUAAUAAUUACAUUGUAUUGUAUUCGGCGCAUGUGACAAAUAAAAUUUGAUUUAAUUUGA